UCAGAGUUCUCCUGGCAGCCAUCAUGAAGGGUACGCUCUCAAUCUGCUGUCUGCUCUCUCUGCUACUCUUGCAGGCCGCUGCAGAAGGGGAGGAUGUCACCACCGAGCCUCUCAGGGACAGAUCUCACAUAGAUGAAACACUUAGACUUGCAACUGAGGAGAAAUCAAAAGACUAUGCAGCGGCUCUACAAACAUUGAGAAAGAUCUACCACAGUUCCAUCAAACCCAUGGAGCAGGCCUACAAGUACAACGAGCUGCGGCAGCAUGAGAUCUCAGCCUAUCCUGGACGAACCCUAGGCGACCAGGCCACAGAUGGAGAGAUUACAUCCAAGCCAAUGGUGCUGUUCCUGGGACCCUGGAGUGUAGGAAAGUCCUCAAUGAUCAACUACCUCCUAGGUUUACAUGAAAGCCAAUAUCAGCUCUACACAGGAGCGGAGCCCACCACAUCAGAGUUCACCGUCAUUAUGCAUGGAGAGAAGAUCCGGUCAGUGGAAGGUAUUGUGAUGGCUGCAGACAGCUCCCGCUCCUUCUCCCCCCUCGAGAAGUUUGGGCAGAAUUUCCUGGAGAAGCUCAUUGGUAUUGAGAUGCCCCACAAACUGCUGGAGCGUGUGACAUUUGUGGACACACCAGGAAUCAUUGAGAACCGCAAGCAGCAGGAAAGAGGCUACCCCUUCAACGAUGUCUGCCAGUGGUUCAUUGACCGUGCUGACCUGAUUUUUGUGGUAUUUGACCCCACUAAACUGGAUGUGGGCCUGGAGUUGGAGAUGCUUUUUAGACAGCUGAAGGGACGUGAGUCUCAGAUUCGCAUAAUUCUGAACAAAGCUGACCAUCUGGCCACCCAGGACCUAAUGAGGGUCUAUGGAGCACUCUUUUGGAGCUUGGCACCUCUCAUCAAUGUGACUGAACCUCCUCGUGUCUACGUCAGUUCCUUCUGGCCAUACGACUAUGCCCCUGACACCAGCAGAGAGCUCUUUAAGAGGGAGGAGAUCUCCCUCCUCGAGGACCUCAACCAGGUCAUCGAGAACCGCUUAGAGAACAAAAUUGCCUUCAUCCGCCAACAUGCCAUUCGAGUGCGCAUUCACAGCCUGUUGGUUGAUCGAUAUGUUCAAACCUUUAAAGACAAGAUGAGCUUCUUCAGUGACCCUGAGCUAGUAUUUAAGGAGAUUGUUGAUGACCCAGACAAAUUCUUCAUUUUCAAGUCCAUAUUAGCCAAGACCAACGUCAGCAAGUUUGACCUGCCGAACCGUGAUGCGUAUCGUGACUUCUUUGGCAUCAACCCCAUCGCCAGCUUCAAGCCUUUGUCCACUCAGUGCUCCUACAUAGGGGGCUGUUUGCUGGACAAAAUAGAGAAGGCCAUCACCAAUGAGCUACCUGCUCUCCUGAGCAGCAUUAACUCUGGCAAGCAGCCUGGCCUGUCCUCGUGUGAAGCUACAGGCUGUGGGGAAAAGCCAAAGAACCGCUAUCGAAAAAACUGAGGAAAAAUGAUGAGUGUGAGUGGGAAGUGAGCUGAAGAAAGGGGUGCUACUACAAGCCUGGUCUUUUUAGGAUACCUGAGUGCUUAAGGGGACAAAGAAUGGAUUUGUGUUUUUCUGAAUGAGAAUAUACAGUAGAGUACGAAUGGAGUUAGACAGUAGGAGGAGUGAAAAGGCAGCUUAAGGGCACAAGUGCUGACAAGAAAUGGAACACCACUGAAAAAAAACAAACAAACAAAAAAAAAACAAACAUAAAAACCUCGACUGGACUGUUCACGACCUGGGUUUGGGGGAAAAUAGAAAAAAACAAAACAGAAAACAGAUUAUAAAUGGAAUUUUAGUGAUACCAGCUCCCUUUUAUGUGAAGUAAAAAGGUGGUUGUUGCAAAAUGUGACAGCUGCACUAAAGCAGAUAUUUUGUUUCAUUUCAGUAAAUGGAUUAUUGGUGAGCACCAUUGAGUGUGCUAUUGUUCUAUUUCAUAUUUAUAUAAUGAUGCUCAUGGAUUGUUGACAAUCUUCACAUUGUUGUUAUAUAAGCAGAGGUCAGGGGCCAAGACCUAAUCUGAGGGCUUGUUCUGUUUCAUCUGUUGUUACUGUUUUUGUUUAAGUCUACUACUUCCAUUCAGUACUGUGUUAUUUUUUUCAUUGCCUUAAGCUUUCUGAAAGCUGAAUGACCACAUAAAUAACAUGGAAGGAUGUGUCUGUGUUUAUUUAUUAAAUUGCACAUGUAAAGCUUAAUUUUGUACUUAAGCAGAGAAGAAAAUGUGUAUUAUUCCAAUCUUUUUUUAAAUUUGUUAACUGAUCCCUCUUGUGGAUUUUGGAGUUGGCCCCUGACCUCUGUGGUGAGAGGACAAAAGCUGACCUCACUCCACCAGAUGCAGAUGCUAUAGGCCUAUGGCUUUUUAAACCUACCUCAAAAUAUUCAGCAGAAUCAUGACAUGGCAUGAGGACAUUAUCGAUGAGAUAAUACUAACGGGUAGGUAGAAAUGACCUUCCUUAUCCCCUUGCUGAGAGUCGCCCCUUUUCAACAAAUUCUAGCCAACCUUUGCUCACUAUUCUUGUCUGAAUGUGUGUGCUCCACGUGGUGCUUCUAUACAAAUGUUGGCCACUAGAGAGUGCUGUGUAAAAGUGCAAGAAGAUAAACAGAAAACUAACUCCAAAGGGACCGAGCACGGACCCUAAUAAAUACUGUUUUAUCAUUUGUAUGUGAUGGUCCAGGUUUUUCGGGGUGGUUGCCAUGUUGGUCUGUUAUAGUUGCGUUUUAAAUUUUAUGUGAAUUGGUUGUAAAAUAACACUUAAAUUAUUAUUAUUUUGAAGCUUGAACAAAGAUUUCCGAAUAAAGAUUGCUGAUUGACAUGAAA